CGGGCUGUGUCAUUAUGGUAGUCGGUCCUAACAAGCGGCUGGAGGAAUACAGAACCCGACGGGAUUAUCGUCGGCGGGCCUGACCGAGGAGAGGAGCAUGUUCCCGGCUCCAGCGAGCCUGCAGGAGUCGGACCGCAGACCUUUCUGCUCCCGGAGCACCGCGGGGGGAGCGGGGCGCCGUCCCCGGCCGGUCCGCUGCACGCUCGCCAUCGACGGAUCCCGUUAUUAACUACAGCUUCGUGGAGAAACGACAUUCGCAAUAUGCACAUGAAAAAAUAUGAUCAUUAUUUAUUUAGCCUUGGUGGAAAUGUCGUUCCUCUCGAUGAUUACUGGAGUAAAAGCGCCGUGGUGAGCGAGGCCCGAGGAGACUGGUGACUGGUGACCAGUGACAGCCUGCAGAGGCUGCUGAUUCCUCCUGGAGCUGGACCAGCAUCCACCUAGAGACAGGACCGUGGCGUGGCCCUUUCCUGGCUCCGGGCCCUUUUAUCGUCCUUUGUGACUAACAGGGGGACGAAGAGAUCCGGGCCUCCGUACGAACCCCUGAGCAAGGAGGCGUUCAGGGAACUACAGGAAAACCAAGGAGGCGUUCAGGGAACUACAGGAAAACCAAGGAGGCGUUCAGGGAACUACAGGAAAACCCACAACUGCAACGGCGUGGAGGGCUGCUGCCUUUGGCAGCAAGGAUGAAUAAACACAGACCGAAUAAUGGACAUUGUUCUGGUCAAACUGCACGUAUGCCAAGACGCUGAGCAAAUGAGACGUUUGGCUAUCCGAGGAAAGACCACGUCAUUUUCUGUACCAGUUCAGCAGUAAAUUGACAUCCACUGAAGCCUUCAGCAGUCGGACCCGGAACACCAAUGACAUCAUGCCUGGAGUAUUGUGGGAUGUUAGCUCACCCAAAAAGCCUCAUAGGCUCCACUCUUACCACUGUGGCGCCACGAUGGCGGGACUGAUCACUGCUUCCCUCAGGACUGUCGCAAUCUGACAGAUCUUUGGGUUUGGACCUUGGUGAGCCACCGGUACCAUGGAUUACCACGCUGAGUGCUUCUUCUGUGACCCCGAGGAGGGCCACGGAGGUCCGGAUGAGCCACCUCUUCAUAGCAUCCAUGCCCCCAACCGCGUCCGGCCGUCCUCAUACCGAGCCCUGAGGAGUGCCGUGUCCAGCCUGGCUCGCAUCGAUGACUUCUUCUGUGAGAAGAUCGGCUCAGGGUUCUUCUCUGAGGUCUUCAAGGUGCAGCAUCGGAUCACAGGUCAGGUGAUGGCGCUGAAAAUGAACACACUUGCAAGCAACAAAGCUAACAUGCUUCGAGAGGUGCAGCUUAUGAACAGGCUUUGCCAUCCCAACAUACUCAGGUUCCUUGGAGUUUGUGUGCAUGAAGGUCAACUACACGCUCUGACUGAGUACAUCAACGGGGGGAACCUGGAGCAGCUGCUGGACAGCGACCUGCACCUGUCCUGGGCCGUGCGGAUGGGCCUGUCCCUGGACAUCGCCCGGGGGCUGCACUACCUGCACAGCAAAGGCAUCUUCCACCGAGACCUCACCUCCAAGAACUGUCUGGUCCGCUGUGAAAACAGCAAAUUCACGGGCGUGGUGGGAGACUUCGGCCUGGCGGAGAAGAUCCCCGACUACAGCCACGGCGGGGAGAAGCAGCCUCUGGCCAUCGUGGGCUCUCCGUACUGGAUGGCCCCUGAAGUCCUGCGAGGAGAGCUUUACAACGAGAAGGUGGAUGUAUUUGCUUAUGGCAUCAUCCUGUGUGAGAUCAUCGCCCGGAUAGAAGCUGAUCCGGAUUUCUUACCGAGGACGGAGGACUUUGGUCUGGACGUGGAUGCGUUUGAGAACAUGAUUGGGGAUUGUCCCCCUGCGCUGUUCAGCCUCGCUGUGACCUGCUGUAAUAUGAGUGCAGAAAGGCGUCCUUCAUUCUCCGACAUCGUCUUUACUCUGGAGCCCAUGGAGCGAGAAGAAGAGAGAGAGACUUCUAUUGCCCUCGAGCCCGUAACCGCCGAGGUGAGUCCGUACCGGCGCAGAAGCUCCCCCUGUCACCCCGGCGACCGCGGCCAGCUCCGUCAGGGCCUGGCCCGGAGCCAGUCGGACAUGCUGCCGCCGGCCCUGACCCCCCCGCUGCUGGGGACCCCGCCGCGGGUCAACCCCUUCUCCCUCCGGCAGGACCUGAACGGCGGGCGCUGCAAACUCCUGGACACGCCCAGCAAGUCCGUCAUCUCCCUGACCUUCACCCUCCCGGCACAUCCCUGCGUCUCCCCCCACCUGCUCCGGGGGGCCCCGGGGACCCGGGCCCCGCCCAGGAGGUGCCAGUCCCUCCCCUGCACGCCGGAGAUGAGCCGGACCCCGGGCUUCCCGGAUGACUCUGAAUUAACGGAGGAGAAGAAAGAGGUGGAUGCCCAGGUGGCAGGGAGAGAGGACAAGACUGUGGAUUGUGACAUGAAGGAGAUGACGAGGCUGACAGGGAGGAUGCAGGAGAGUUCGCAUCAUGCAGACACUACAGAGAAGACGGGUUUGUUAGAUAGGAAAGAGGAGGGGACGGAAGAGGAUUCAGGCCUCCCUGUUGAGUUGGAGAUGGUGUCUCUGCAGCGGCUGGACGAGGAGGACGAGGAGGAGGAUGAGAGUGUUUGUCUGACUGAACCCAUGGACUGUAGCAAAUCCCCCGAGCCGGCAGACAGGACCCUGAACUCCACCCCGGUGAAGCCCCUGCUGACCUCCACCUCCUUCUCCUCCGUCCGGACCAACGGCUGGCCGCUCCCCAUCUCCAACGGGCCGCCCUCCCUGCCCCCUCUGCCGCGCCCGGACAACAACAACGGUUCCUGCAUGGUGAUUGGCCAGCAGGUCCAGUGGGGCGGGGGCCAGACCUCUAACGGCUACAGCGACGCCCAGGCGCCGUCCUCCGACACCAGCGACGAGGUCAUUUCCUGUCCAGGCUGCUGUCUGGUGGGUUUGAGUUUCCCGUCCGUGUGCCUCCGUGGUUCCGUGCCUACCCCCCGCCGGAGGGCCUCGCUCCCCCGGCAGCGGCCAUACAGGAACCUUAACGGCCCCAUCACCGGGAGUAACAGCUCCUCGUCACCGACGGCCUCAACGGCAGCCAAAACCCUCCUGUGUCGCGGCCCCAACGGACUAGUGGUGACGGGCCCCCACGUGCGGGGCGAGCCCGGGCGGUGCCUUCCUCAGGCACAGUCCUAAACCCGCCCACGGGGGGGCGGAGCUUACACUUGAGAAAUACACCAGCACUAAACUAAAUACUGCAGUUUGUAAUGCUAAUACUGACAACAGUACCCACUCUUUUAGACGUGAAAUUAAUUUAUUAACGUAACAGCGGACAGUCUGGCUAUAUGUUGCUGGUGAGAUUGCCAGCAGGUAAGUAAAAGUAUUAAACGCAGCAAUUCACUGUGACGAGUUAAAAGGUGGCUAAGGAUGAUUAUAUAUGAUUUAUAAACAUAACUGUGUUCUGUAACAGACAGAAUUCGAAAAAAAAAGUUAGCAAAAGUGGAUCUGUGCAGUACUUUCUGGCGGGGAACUUCACUCUGUACCUCAAGUUUGGAGAAAAAAAGAGACUGAAGCAAAACACACGUUUGCAUGGCAGCUUAGGCAACGUCACUACUGAUGGAGCAACAGCAGCUGCAGACGGUCGGGAGAGAGACGGAUGUUCCAGCAGUCGGGAGUCAGGAUGCACAUCUGUAGUAAUAGGACUUUGAUGGUGUUUAACUGAAUAACAGUAGAGUAUGAUGACGUUUCUAGAGUUAAUAAGGAAGAUUUACUUCCUACCUUUUUUAUAGCAGUUAAACUGUGUGUGUGUGCGUGUGCGUGUGUGUAUGCUUGUGUAAUGUACAGGACUGUCUCAGAAAAUUAGAAUAUUGUGAUAAAGUUUUCUGUAAUUUUCUGUAAUACAAUUAAAAAAAAAACAAAAAUGUCAUACAUUCUGGAUUCGUUACAAAUCAACUGAAAUAUUGCAAGCCUUUUAUUAUUUUAAUAUUGCUUUAAACUGUGUUUUAUGAUUAAUAAUAUCUUAAGCUGUAAGCCAUGAUCAGCAAUAUUAAAAUAAUAAAAGGCUUGCGUUAUUUCAGUUGAUUUGUAAUGAAUCCAGAAUGUAUGACAUUUUUGUUUUUGUAAUUGCAUUACAUAAAAUCACAAUAUUCUAAUUUUCUGAGACGGUCCUGUAUGUGGUUUUGGGUGGGACUUUGUCGGUUUUUGGGAAGAUGCUCUUCCUGGGCUUUUUAUGUGAAAUCCUUAUUUUUGCACUUGAGUUUUGAGCACUUUGCAACAAGACACCAGGCUUUUGUUGGAUGGUGCUUUAUUUAAAUCUGUGCUACUGGUAUCUUACAUGUGUGUAUUCUGAUUCAACUACACGUUUCCUCCUUUGACAUCUACUCUGUCACGUGUGUUUUUGUGCGUGUUACAGUUCACUUUCAUUUAACUGUUGUAACUUUAAAGGUGUCGCGUGAAGCGGGUUUGAAUGCUUGUACAGAUCUUUCCACACUGUGUGUGUUUGUGCUUUCUGAGCUAAAGGAAGAGUGGCGCAUACUCAUAGGAUAGCUUUUAUUUCUGACGUCGAAGCAUUGCUGGGUCUUUUUUACAAUUUCUUCUCUGUAAUACAGCUAUAGAUCUGCGUGCAAUAAUCUCUUACUAAGCAUAUGCCUGUGAAUAUGCUGUGCGAUGUUUCUAAAACUUGAGAAGGGGAGAUGGUUGGAUGACGGGGAUGGGACUUUUACUCCACAGCAGUUUCUGUAAAUGACUUUGUAAUAAUGGAUGAAUGAGUAAAGAAAUGAUUAAAGUUACAGUGACUUCAUUCUGUUUUUCUUAAUUAGGGCCGAGCACGAGGGUGAACUCCUAAACUCUCUUAUUAAUCAAUUUAAACACUUCAUGAACUUGAAUAUAUUUGUAUUUUUUAUAACAUGUAAAAUGUUAUAAAAUUAACUCUGAAC